CUUGAUGCAUUUAACUGAAAAAGAAUCGAAAGAUUGAUUUAAAAUGAAACAGAAACAGAAUAAAUUAAAAACGAACAAAGCUCCUAGUGACGACAUCUUGGACAUUGCAAAGUCAUCCCUGGAGAGGACCUGUGAUCUGCUGCGUCACCGAGUUUCCCAGUUGUCCACUCCACCAGAGGUCCAUGGAUAUCAGACAGAAAGAAGACAGCUGCUGGAUUUGAUCAGAAGGACUGGUAUGACGGGUGAAAGUAACUCUGCCCUGUUGAUAGGACCAAGAGGAUGUGGCAAAUCUAUGCUGAUAGAAAAUGUUGUGGAGGAGCUGAUGACCAAUCAGGAAAUUAGAGAUAAUCUUCUUCAUGUUCGUCUCAAUGGCCUAUUACAGACCGAUGACAAGAUUGCUCUGAAAGAGAUCACACGACAAUUACAGCUGGAGAAUACUGUUGGAACUAAAGUAUUUGGAUCCUUUGCGGAGAAUCUUCAGUUUCUACUAGACGCACUGAAGAGCGGUAGCCAUAGUAGUAAGCCUAUUUUGUUUGUCCUGGACGAAUUUGACCUGUUUGCUCACCACAAGAACCAGACACUACUGUACAAUCUGUUUGAUGUAGCACAGUCUGCUCAGGCUCCAGUUUGUGUUAUUGGACUCACUUGUAGAUUGGAUGUUGUUGAGCUGUUAGAGAAGAGAGUGAAGUCACGAUUUUCACAUCGACAGAUUCAUCUUUUUCACAACAUCACAUUGGGAGACUAUACUAGUCUCUGCAUCACAUAUCUCAGUCUCCCUGAUGAUUUCGCGGACAGGAAAUUUGUGACAGCUUGGAACAAACAUGUACAGGAGCUGGCUUCUGACCAGACUGUUCAAGGUGUCCUUCGGCGUCAGUUUGAGUUCAACAAGGAUGUUAGGACGCUACAGCAGUUACUGAUGUACCCAGUGUGUUGUGUGAGUGAGACACAUCCAUUCCUUGUUCCUGCUGACUUUGUUGAUGGUAUGAAGAUGCAGACUAUGGACACCAAGUCUGCUAUGCUACAUGGUGUUUCAAUCCUGGAACUCUGCCUUAUCAUUGCCAUGAAGCACCUGACAGAAAUCUAUGAUGGGGAGCCAUUUAAUUUUGAAAUGGUUUAUAGUGAAUACAGAAAAUUUGCCCAGAGGCGAUCAUCCAUGCAAGUUUAUGAAAAAGCUGUAGUGUUGAAGGCAUUUGAACACCUAAUUGCUCUGGAGUUGGUGAAGACAAUGGACGGAGCUGGAUCUCGGGUACAGAAGGAGUAUCGCCUGCUUUCACUGCUCGUUCAUCCGUCACAGAUCUUGGAUGCUCUGCAGAAAUACCCAAACUGUCCUACAGAGGUCAAACAGUGGGCUCAGUCUUCAGUCAUAUAGCUAAGUGCGUGUAACUAUUUUUGGUUUCAUACUUGAGACCUUCUCAGUCAUUUACCAAGAAAAUAUGGCAGAAAAGUGAUCUUUUCAAGUUGCACACCAAAGGGCAAAUGACAUGGCAAGCAGGCUUGUAAUCCAAGAGACCUGAUGGUCAAGGAACUCUGUAAAGUUCAUCUGACUAAAUGUUGGUGACAGUGAAUUCUAGCAACAUACUAAGAAUGUGAUUGACAGUAAAGGCCCCUGUCAAAAACAUGCUGUUUUGUUGAAUUGUCACACCUAAGGGCAGAUGUGCAGGUAUUCUGCAAAAACAUUCACUUUUGUUUGAAGUUUAUUUUUUGUUGGGUUUGCCAGUUCUCUGAAACUACAGAUUAAUUAGUCCAUGAAACUGUUUCCUAUUGAAAUGUUACAUUAAUUUUCAGUAUUAUCAAAUUUCAUGGGAACCACAUAACCAAGUCCCAACCAAAAAGCAUUUCUAAAAAACCAAGAAAUUGGAGCUACACAAAUAUUGUAAUAGGGAAAAAAUAUGACGUCACAUGAGAUAAUAUGUCAUGUAAUGCUGAUUAUUAUUGUGUUGUCAUGUAUUAUUGACCAGAUAGGAGAUUCAUGACCUUGAUCUGAUGAACUCUUGAGU